AUGGCUUCUUGCUUGCAUACAAAGCUUGCCUACGAUCGUCGACGCGCCAUUCGACCACAGAGUCGUGUCUACCCUUCAAUUUUCGUCUGGAAACUGACAAGAUGCAAUUGUUUACAGCCACAGAGAAUUCGCGUCCGUGGGGACGAAAAUGCUCCUGUCGCCCUUCCCAAUAAGACCCUUCAGCACCAACGCAACAAGUCCACCCCUGCUCUAUCGGCGGUCUUCCAGAAUGCCAACAAGAACGGUCCUCGACGAGCUGCCUUUGGCGAUGUCAGCAACACUGCUAACCUGGUUCAUCUGAGCCGGGAUGACGCCUCCCUUGCGGGCAAGAAACAGGGCAAAGCAGUUGAGAAGCCAGGCGUGGUUGGCCCAGAGAGGAAACCUAGCGUGCUCUCACAGCCAGCUCAGCGUCCCGUGUCCAUGACGGGCUUGAAGGGUCUUUUGAACAAGCCCAAUGAGCCUGCCGGGAAGCCGUCGCAGCAAGCCGCCAACUCCAGAAAGACCGUCAACAAGCGGGGCAACGCCGUCUUCAAAGACCCUUUGCAGCCAGUGACCGAAACAAAUGAAAUCGCAUCCAAGGAAAACAACACAGUGGGAAUAGAGGAAAACAAAGCGGACAACGUUUCACGUCCAUUGGCUGAGGACAACGUGAAGGAGGAUACUAUGCCAAGUGAAGCCUCGAAGGCUCAGAAGAUCGACACGGAGGAAUGCUCAGUUGUCAAGUCUGACAACGCGGAGAACGACGCUGAAAAGGUUGAUGAGGACAACUGCAAGGUACACGGUGUCAAGGAGCCCAAGGCCCACCGCGACUCUGUCCCCGGCUACGAUCACCUGCCUGGCCAGUCGGAACCGGAAGAAUACUGGGACGAUGAGGAAGAAGAGAACGAGGAAGAGGAUGGAUACAUGACUGCCCGUUCCUACCGCUCCCGUGGUGAUAAUACUACCGGCGGAGCGACCACCGUGCUUUUUCCCAAAUACAACCAACAAGUGAAACGGGAACUGGCCGUCGCCAAGCAGAUCGUCGACUCGACCCGAACGCCUGAAGAUAUUGAGGAUGAAUACUGGGACACAAGCAUGGUCGCUGAGUAUAGUGACGAAAUUUUCGACUACAUGAAGGAGCAAGAGAUCAAAAUGCUGCCCAACGCCCAUUACAUGGAUAACCAGGCAGAGAUCCAAUGGUCCAUGCGGUCAGUGCUGAUGGAUUGGCUGGUGCAGGUGCAUCACAGGUUUGGGUUGCUGCCGGAAACUCUGUUCCUCUGCGUCAACUACAUCGAUCGCUUCCUUUCUUGCAAGAUCGUCUCAUUGGGUAAGCUGCAGCUGGUGGGUGCCACUGCGAUCUUCAUUGCUGCCAAGUAUGAAGAAAUCAACUGCCCGUCCGUCCAGGAGAUUGUCUACAUGGUCGAUGGAGGCUACACAGUUGAUGAGAUCCUCAAGGCCGAGCGCUUCAUGCUGAGCAUGUUGCAGUUCGAGCUGGGAUGGCCUGGCCCGAUGAGCUUUCUCCGCAAAAUUAGCAAAGCUGAUGACUACGACCUGGAGACUCGGACUCUCGCCAAGUACUUCCUUGAGCUCACCAUCAUGGACGAGCGGUUUGUGGGAAGCCCUCCUAGCUUUGUCGCUGCCGGGGCCCAUUGCCUGGCAAGAAUGAUGCUUAGAAAAGGGAGCUGGACUCCUGCCCAUGUGCAUUAUGCGGGAUACACCUACUCACAGCUCUUCCCCCUCAUCUCGCUCAUGGCGGAAUGCUGCGAAAACCCCCGCAAGCACCACGCGGCCAUUCACGAGAAGUAUACCGACAAGCGAUUUAAGCGGGCAUCCCUUUUCGUGGAGGCCGAGACGAAGAAAGGAUUCCGUCUUCCAGAGCCUACCAAGGAUAGUGCCAUCCACACGCAGUUCGAAACCGGACACUACUGGAAGCGAAUCUGA